CUCAAGCGUGGAAUCGCUGUUGCAAUGAAAUUAGUCGAUUGUGCCACCUGCCAUGAACAUUUACCCUUAAAAGCAAUUCCGUUUCAGAAGUCGCAUAUUUUGAAUGAAAAAGGAACGUGGGGUGAACUCGCCGCUUUCGUUGUAAUCGAAGUGUAAAAGCGACGUAGCGACAGUUAAUAUUUGGAUCAAUCUUUCACCCAGCCAUUAGCUUCCGCCCGUUGAAGGUGACGUCGAGACCUGUCACUUAAAGUACCUUUCUACCCAAAUCUCACGCCGAGUGAGCACUGACUUUCCCGCGUACUCUCUCGCGUACCAUGGCGAAACACAACGAAGAAAAAGCCACCUAUUUGCAAAAGUUCACCAUUGCGGUGUUUGGAGACUCCGGAGUCGGUAAAACAUCUGUUAUCAGUCGACUUGUGGGAACAGCGUUCAAUCACGAACAUCUACCCACUGUUGAAGAUUUUCACGUCAAGCAUUUAGCUUACAAGAACAAAACCUGUGAACUUCAGAUCAUCGACACCUCAGGAACGUAUGAAUUCCCAGCCAUGAGACGCGUUGACAUGGAAAAAGCAGACUCCAUUGUUUUGGUUUAUUCUAUGGACCGACCAGAAUCAUUUACAAAGAUCGAACGCUACAUGGACGAAAUUAAGGAGAGUAACAACGCCACGCAGAGUGACAAACCUGUUGUGGUGAUUUCAAACAAAUCGGACCUCUCCCACUUGUCGCCACCAAAGUUUGUGGACAAACGAGGUUUAAAUAUUAGCGUAGGGAUGUAUUUAGAGGGCAAAUAUGGUUGCCAUUGGUUCGACUGUUCAGCCAAGCUGAACGAAAACGUUGAGGACAUAUUUCAGAAAGUGUUGGAAUACUUAUUCGACAACGGGAGUACUAAGAGCAAAAAUGGUCGUGCACGACCUCCUAUUAGAAAGAUCAGUUCACUUAUUCACCAAAAAAUCAAAAUAUCUCGAUAAUGCAUUUACUAGUUCAUAAAUCCUUCACAACAUUAGGCAUGCUUUAUUUUGCUUAUUCAUUUUCUUUGAAUUCAUAUUGGUCUGUUUACAAUUGUUCAAAAUUGGUUUAAUGCGACGUAUAUUAAUUUGUUAAUCAUCACCCGACAUUGUACUCAGCCUUUAAAAGUAUUUAUAUUGUUUUGAAAUAAGGAGAUUUUAUCCUAUUUAUUUUUCAUCGCAUAGCUAGUAUUAUUUGCAUGGGGUUUCGAACAAGAGGAUGUAUUCUCUGGUUUCGAACUGAGAUAUUAAUUAGUGAUUCGCAAUUGGAACGUGAUUAAACGCCCCAAAAUGUGUUUUUUAUUUGGUGGAAAGAAGCAGGUGCUAACAGUUUACUUACAAAAAAUAUAUGUAAAGCACGUAUAGAAAUUCUAGAAAAUAUUCAUAAUUGACAUUUCAACCGUUUAAUAUAAGGAUUCCUGUCUUUUUCGCCGGAUCAAUUGAUCUUGAGUUGUUGUAAAUACAAUUGAAAAUGAAUAUUUAUGUAAGUAGGAAUUAGAAGAAA